AUGGAGUCGUCGGCUUCUGCUGCUGCUGCUGCUGCUGCUGCCCAACCGUCCUUGGUCACGACCACUCUCCUCGUUGUCGCCAUUGUCUUCCCCAUCCUGGGCACCAUCGCCGUCGGGCUGCGCUGCUACACGAGAAUCAUCAAGAAGCAGAGGCUCUCCAGCGAUGACUGGGUGUGUGUCCUGGCCCAGGUGGCAGCGUGGGGAAUCUCCAUUGACAUCUUCGUGGCUGGGGGGCUGGCAGGGGUCGACUUCACGUACUCGACUCUGGAUCCCCUCUCUGCAGCCGUGAUAUUUCUUCGUGCUCUAUGGAUCGAGGGGUUCCCUCUCGUGUUCAGUCUGGUCUUUGUCAAGAUUGCCAUUCUCCUUUUCUACUCGCGCAUCUUCACUACCCGCAUGUUCAAGCUGGCCGUACGCAUCUACAUCGGCAUCCUGUCGGCAUGGUGCAUUGCCAUGAUCGUGUGCCAACUGCUUGCGGCCAACCCCAUUGACGCUGCCUGGAACCCGCUGGCCGUCAACCCCCUGCGGUACAACUACAACGACUUCUCGCUCGCCUUUGCGGGCAUGAGCAUCGUCUUCGACGUCAUCGUGCUGCUGUUCCCCAUCCCCGUCAUCCGCAAGCUGCAGAUGGACCGCGCGCGCAAGCUGCAGGUCCUCGGCAUCUUCUGGCUCGGCAUCUUCUGCUGCAUCUCGUCCGCCGUGCGCUUCUACUACCUCUACAAGGAGAUCAGCCGCACCAUCGCCGCCACGGGCUCGGACCGCUACCUCAACAUGUCGGCCGCCUUCAUCUGGGGCACCAUCGAGCCCAACACCAGCAUCGUGGCCGCGUGCCUGCCGUGCUACGCGCCGCUCUUUGCCAAGGUCGGCGGGCUGCCCACGCUGCUGGCCAACUUUGGGAGCCUCUUCUCGAGCAGUCGCGGUAGCAGGGCGAAGGCGAGGAACGGAAGCGAUCUGCUGGCUUCCGGGGAUAGUGCGCAGAGUCUUCCAUUAAUAGAGUUCCUCGUCUUUGAGACUAUCAUCCGAGCUAUUGGUAUCACCAGCACCUGGUACUAUGAUGCAUGA